UAUCUUGAAUAGCGCUAUACAAGAUAUUAAAGGGACUAUAUUUAAUCUAAUGUUUCAGAGAUUCACAAAUGAGGACCACUUGGCUGUGCACAAACACAAACAUGAGAUGACGCUGAAGUUUGGACCAGCCCGGACUGACUCCGUCAUCAUUGCAGACCAGACACCUACUCCCACUCGCUUCCUAAAGAACUGUGAAGAGGUCGGGCUGUUCAAUGAGCUGGCCUCUUCCUUUGAUCAUGACGAAGAUGACAAGAAAGCCAAAAACACUCAGCCAUCUUCAAACUCUGGUGCAGUGGACAUGACUCUGCAGACACCUUCAGAAGUCAAGGUGAAGGAGGAACUGCCUGUGGAGGUGGACUCCUCGCCGCCCUGCAGUCCUCAGUCCAUCUCUCCAAAACCAGACAACCAGAGAGAGUCAUAUGCUAAACCUAAGGACACACCUCCCAGGAGUUCAGCUCCCACCCCAACGAUAGUGAGGCCCGGAUCACUGCCACUCCACCUGGGCUUCGAUGCCCUUCACCCCACCAUGCCCUCACCGACCUCUGUCAUCACACAGGCCCCGCCCUCAAAUCGAACUCUAGGAUCUCCCACCAGCCAUUAUCCCAUGAUGAUGCUGCCCACUGGUCAAGCAGUGCCUGUACUGCCUGGCCCUGUGCCGAUUCCCUCAGUUAUUAAUCUUGCUCGACCCAUGUGCAUGGUACCCAACAUUCCUGGAAUCCCUGGACCUCCUCUAGGGGGCAGCAGCUCUGGCUCCAACUCACCCUCCGGCUACAGCAUCCACUCAGAGGCCAAGAUGCGGCUAAAGGCGGCACUGUCCCAGCAGAGUCCUUCAGGACACAGUAUGGGAGUGAUGGCUUUGGGCAGCAGUCCCAUGGUGCCUCAGAGGGCAGAGCAGAGUCAGCUGCUGGUCCAGCAUCCAGAUGCCCCCUCUCCAGCACAACCUCAGGUAGCCCCAGACUGUGACUCAAACUUCCUUUUAUCUUCCUCCUCUCACUAUAUAACCAUGUUUUUCUCCAAACACGGUCCUGUCUUUCUUCAGGUGUCUCCUGCUCAGCCCACCGGGGGGCGCCGGCGGCGGACGGCUGACGAUGACCCAGACGAGAGAAGGCAGCGUUUCCUGGAGAGAAACCGCGCUGCAGCAUCGCGCUGCAGACAGAAACGCAAACUGUGGGUCAGCUCUCUGGAGAAGAAGGCAGAGGAGCUCAGCUCUUUGAACGUGUCUCUGUCGAAUGAAGUGUCCCUGUUGCGAAACGAAGUGGCUCAUUUAAAGCAGCUGCUGCUGGCCCACAAGGACUGCCCUGUGACCACGCUUCAGAAGAAGACGGCCUACUUAGCAGUUGAGGAGAGCCUUAAGGACAGUUCAGAGCCCACAGGAUCUCCUGCCCCAGUGAUCCAGCACAGCUCACUGGCACCUAGCCCGUCAACCCACAACGGGCUGAGCUCCAGAGCCGCGGCGGAGGCCAUGGCCAUGUCCGUGCUGGCGGGAAUGGGGCAGCAGCAGCACCGCGAGAGUGCCGCCUCCCAUAUCAUCAUGGCUGCACAGUCCCAGUCUGCUGCCAGAUGAUGAGCACUGCCCCUAUGGCCCUGCCUGGGCUGGUCCCUCAUGGAAACAGAGCUGAGGACUGCUAAGCGACUUCUCCCUGCCCCCCGGCCUGCUCUGUCCCAUGGGGGGUCAUCCCGCUGUGGGCCGCUCAGUAGCAGCCUUCUGGUAACGGACUGACACUUAGAGAGCGCCUGUUCACUCUGCGAUAAACUACAGGGGCUGGACUCCAACCUUCACCUGAUUCCCUUUGUCUGUCCUCCUCCUCUGUCCAAAUGACUCCUCACUGGACUGCAUUGUAUUGAGUGUACUGCCGUUACUACAUACUGUGUGGAGCAAUACGUCAUUUAUGAUCAAAUAACACACCAAGCAAUGUAUAGAGGGCUUUUUAAUGUGCCUUUGUUCAGCCUUAACAUCUAUUACUGUCAUAGUAUUUUAAAAUAAAUGAAAACUGUUCUGUGCAACACAUUAAUUGUGUGUAACUCAUAACAUAGCAUAGACUUAUUUCUGACUAGUUUUUUUGCUUUCAUGUAACCUUUCUAAAGUUGGUUAUAAAACUUGAUGAAAUUUGUGCAGCUAUGUUUUAGUUAACAGGCACAUCUUUACAUAGAAGGGAACACCUUCUUCCUUUGCUUCAAAAUCUGUUUGGUAAAAUUAUUUCAUUAUUUGAUUUUGCAUGUUGCCCAACACUUAAUAUACCUUUUAUUUUUACAUUUCCAAUGAUGGUUAUAUAUUCUUGCUGCUUGCAUUGAACCCUACUUGGCUCUCCACCAAACACAACCUAAGCCAUAGACCUAAUCCUCCAAAGACUGCCCGGUGCAUGUAUGAAAGCAGAGAGUAAAAUGUAACCAUUAGAUUUGUAAAUCAGAGGUUUCAGUGUCAUGCAGCUGUAUGCAGUUACACAAACUCCCUAAGUCAGGUCUCUAUUGCCUUAAAUGUCCAUUUGUGCCUAAAGCAUCCCAUUUAACUUUAGCCAGAGCCUUAAAAUACAGACACUUGUGUCCUCUGCUGGAGAGACCUAGAACGACAGCAGAUUGAGCCAGUUGGGAAUAAGUAAUACUUUUAGAUUCCACCAAUGUGUUUAUGCAUUUCUCAGUCAAGAACCCUGUUCUGUUUUGUUCUUGCCAACUGUUCCUUGUUAUUCUGAUAAAUUAUAAAUGUGAUAAACAUCUGUCCAUAAAAGGGCAUGUCAUGAUGCACUAAUGAAAUGCAUUAUAUUUGUCUAUUGUGUAUUUACCUCUGUAUCUUGUAUGUGAGCUGUAUACAUGGAUGGGAAUUUGCUUAUUAACUUUAUAAACUAACCUUUGAUAAAAGCAGUGGUGACCCCAAUCUUGUAUAGGGAUGUUGGCAGUAUAUUAGGCUUGUGUCCCAUAGGUGACUGUCAUAUAAAAUGAACAUUUGAGACAUUUUAAUCUGUUUUAUGUAACUGUCUGGCACCUUUUGUCUUGUUUUAUUAGAUUGAUUUGCUUUCUCCCAUGUGCUACAUAUCCCUUGUGAUACAUAUAAUGUUUUCUCAAAUUUUUUAACAUCUAAAAGCAAAGUUUCUAGACAGUCCCUGUUUAACUUAUUUUAAUUGGCCAGUUCUUACAUUUUGGCAUAUUUUAACUAGAAUGUUGUGAAAAGAAAAAAAGUGCAGCUUGUGCAGUUGCAGUUGUAGCGUAUUAGUGUUCUUUCACACUCCCUGAUGGACUGAUGAUGACUUUAACAUGUUAUUGUACUGUACAUAUCUGUACUAUAUGAAUAUAUUUACUUUUGAUGCAUGUCCAAGUGGAUUAAUAUGAACACUUACAGUGCUGCAGUUUUAAAGUAACUACAUAAUAAAAUCCUAUAUUUGUGUUU